ACAAGGUCCCUGCGUCCCGCUGCCUCCGCCAUGGGACAGAGGGUGCAGCUCGGAUGCGUCACACCGGCCGCCAGGGACUGUUGGCCGCUCCUAGUCACUGUGGGUUUGCUUCUGAGCUCUGGCGAAUUAAAAGCAGCCGAUGCCCGGAAACCAAAUAUUCUCCUCCUAAUGGCAGAUGAUCUCGGCAUUGGGGACCUCGGUUGCUAUGGGAAUAAUACACUGAGGACGCCCAACAUCGACCGGCUUGCACAGGAAGGCGUGCGGCUCACCCAACACCUGGCGGCUGCCCCCCUCUGCACCCCGAGCAGGGCUGCGUUCCUGACCGGGAGACACUCUUUCAGAUCAGGCAUGGAGGCCAGCAACGGGUACCGGGCCCUUCAGUGGAACGGGGGCUCCGGCGGACUCCCCGAGAAUGAAACCACGUUUGCAAGAAUCCUGCGACAGCAAGGUUACACCACAGGCCUCAUAGGGAAAUGGCACCAAGGUGUCAACUGUCAGUCCCGCAGGGACCACUGCCACCACCCCCUGCAGCACGGGUUCGACUAUUUCUAUGGCAUGCCUUUCACACUGCUCAAUGACUGCGACCCGGGCCGGCCCCCCGAACUGGACGCGGCGCUGAGAGCGAAGCUGUGGCGCUACACCCAGUGGGUGGCCCUGGGGAUCCUGACCGCGGCUGCCGGCAGGGCCCGCGGGCUCCUGUCCGUGUCCUGGAAGGCGGUCGUGGGAGCGGCCGGCCUCCUGGUCCUGUUUUUUGCGUCCUGGUACGCCAGCUUUGGGUUCGUGCGCCGCUGGAACUGUAUCCUCAUGAGAAACCACGACGUCACCGAGCAGCCCAUGGAUUUGGAGAGAACGACCCGUCUCCUGCUCCAGGAGGCUGUCUCCUACAUUGACAGAAACAAGCACCAGCCCUUCCUGCUCUUCAUGUCCUUCCUGCAUGUCCACCUGCCCCUCGUCACCACAGAUCAGUUUCUCGGGAAAAGCCAGCAUGGUCUCUACGGUGACAACGUGGAAGAAAUGGACUGGCUUGUAGGGAAGAUUCUCGAUGCCGUUGAAGAACGCGGCCUGGCCAACACGACGCUGACCUAUUUCACCUCGGAUCACGGAGGACAUUUGGAGGCCAGAGACGAUGCACGCGGCCAGCUGGGCGGAUGGAACGGAAUCUACAGAGGAGGAAAAGGCAUGGGAGGCUGGGAAGGCGGGAUCCGUGUCCCCGGGAUAUUCCGGUGGCCUGGUGUGCUGCCCGCCGGCCGGGAGGUCCAUGAGCCCACCAGCCUGAUGGAUGUGUUCCCCACCGUGGUCCGGCUGGGAGGCGGCGAGGUGCCCCAGGACAGGGUGAUCGAUGGCCGUAGCCUGGUUCCCUUGCUGCAAGGAGACACUGAGCACUCGCCACACGACUUCUUGUUUCACUAUUGUGGGAAGUAUCUCCACGCGGCACGCUGGAAUGACAAGGACCGUGGACGACUGUGGAAGGUCCAUUACAUGACGCCGAAGUUCCACCCCACGGGCACGGGGGCCUGCUACAGCCGAGGCCUGUGCCCCUGCUCUGGGGAGGGCGUGACCCAGCACAGCCCCCCUUUGCUCUUUGACCUCUCCAGGGACCCUUCGGAGAGGCAGCCCCUGUCCCCCGGCUCUGAGCCGCUGUACCACACCGUGCUCGCCAGGGUGGCCGAGGCGGUGGAGGCGCACAGGGCGACGCUGAGCCCCGUCCCCUCGCAGUUCUCCCUGAGCCACAUCCUGUGGAGGCCGUGGCUACAGCCUUGCUGUGGGACCUUCCCUUUCUGCUCCUGCCAGGAGGGCAGAGACCACCGCGGGCCGUGACCUCGCGCAUCAGGGUGGCUGCCAUCAGACACGUAGGACGUGACGCGGGCUGGCGAGGACAUGGAGAAAGGGGACCCCUGCUCUGCUGGCGGGAAUGCAGACCCGUGCACCCCGUGCCAACCCACAUGGACGGUCCUCAGAGCAUUAAACACGGAGCUGCCUUUUGACCCAGUGACCCCGUUUCUGCCUAUUUAUGUGAAAACAGAAUGUCAAACAGUGACCUGCACCCCCAUGACCACGGAAGGAUUAUUUCCAGUCGCCGAGACAUGGAACCCGCGGGGAUCCCCACUGCCCCCGCAGCUGUUCUUACUGAUCUCAGAGCAUCGCUGCGGCCCCUCACCUUGAACGAUCUUUGAUUUCCAGGAUGACAUAGGAACCUCCCGUUCUAGAAAUGUUGACGAGGUGAGUUUUCACAGACCUCCAGAAAGGACAGUGUGUGAAUGAUACUCCGGUUGAGAAUCACGGCCAGGAAUCACCUUGUUGGUGGUCUCUUUCUUUCUUUUCUUUUAUGUUCCAAUGCUAGAAACGGGAGAGUUUCCCCAAACCUUUGCACUACUAUCCUCCCCAACCCUGAAGCACUCAAUUGGUCAUUUAAAUUUCCUACAGAGCCACAUCCCUUCACCCUGUCCCAUACGACGCUUGUUCUGAUGGCUCCGGACGCACACACACACAUGUCCACCCGAAGAGGGACCACACUGCUCUCGUGAAAUUUUAAUUGACGACGUCAGCAUCCAUCCAACCACACUAGAAUGCAAAGCAGACAUUCGUGUUGAACGUUAUUCCAUAAGCCAGUGAGUCACUGCCCGUAAACAGAAAUUCUGCUCUCCGGAGAAGCUGGGCCAGGCUGAAACACUCUUCAUUUGGACCACUGUUCUCUCAAGUAAGCCUGACCCAGGCUCCUGCUUUCCGUACCCCAACACCGUAGUACAGAACAUGAACAUUCUUUCCCUGGGACAAGCUUAUGGCAUUAUUCUGAUGGCUGGUCACCACCCUCCCAACCCACCUAAGGCUACGUCCCUAUGGCUAUAUUCAGUGAACCCCUGGAGUACCGUAUGUGUGACAGCAACCAAGACGUCAGAUCACGAAGCACCCAGAUGUAAAGAAGAAACACCCCCUUAGAGCUUCCAUCUUUCAAAACCUAAGACCACAACUCGCUGCAUAAAGUCCCUCCGACUCUCUUAGCCAAGCUGACCUGCUUCAGGGGAUGGAAGUGUGUCCCAACACACCCACUGAACGUCCACAUGGCCCUCUGACCUUCUUCCAGACCGACAUCUAAUUAACCUGUGAUUUUCCAUAGCCCGUGCACAAUAAAUACAUGAUUCAAACUU